AGUGUGAAUUGAUGGAUGACAGAAGUAACACAGCGCGCCUCAUUGCCCCGGAUCCCCCCGUCCCAGCACAGAGGCCAGGCGAGGAGAGGAGCAGCUUGUAGUUUGGAGACUCUUUUGGCCCUGGUCAUGGCUGGACACUUUGCAAUGCUCAGGGGGUUGGUCCUUCUCCCGAUGCUGUGCCUGACGCUGGCCCAAGUGAGCGGUCCACCAGGAGGUCUGGGUCCACUUGGUCCCCCAGGCCCACCUGGUCCAUCCGGCGCCUCGGGCACGCCUGGGUCCGAUGGCAUCGAUGGAGACAAGGGGCCCCCAGGAACCCCUGGAACUCCAGGGGCCAAAGGAGACCCAGGAGAGCCCGGUCCAGAUGGGCCCCCGGGGGAGAAUGGAAUUGAUGGUCUAAUUGGAGCAAAAGGAGACAGGGGGCCGAUUGGAAAUCCUGGACCUAAGGGUCAACCCGGACCAACUGGCAUAGCUGGACCACCUGGACCGGGUCUUCUUGGACUUCCUGGGGCACCAGGUCCGAUCGGACUCCCCGGUGAGCUGGGAAAAUCCGGACCCAAGGGCAUAAUGGGACCACCAGGACCUCCAGGAAUACCAGGGGUCCCAGGGAAACCAGGUCCUCCGGGAAAGUUUCUUGGGGAGGAGGGCAGUGCUGAUUUCCAGUGUCCAACUAACUGUCCAGCAGGCCUGAAGGGACCCCAGGGUCUGCAGGGAGUAAAGGGACACAAGGGACGUGCUGGCAUACUGGGAGAUCCAGGCAGCCUGGGAAAAUUGGGCACCAAAGGAGACGUGGGAAUCUCCGGGGAGCAAGGCAUUCCCGGUCCUUCGGGUCCCCGGGGGUUGAGGGGCUAUCCAGGGAUGGUGGGGCCCAAAGGGGAAGCAGGUCCCCGUGGUUACAAAGGUAUUACCGGGCCUAUCGGAAUCCCUGGACUACCAGGGGAGGAGGGGCCCCGGGGUCCCCCGGGCAUUGCGGGCGAGAAAGGGGACGUGGGUAGCGGAGGUAUCAAGGGUCCACAGGGCGGAGUUGGCAAGAAGGGAGAGAAUGGCCUACCUGGAAUUGAUGGGAAAGAUGGCACACCUGGCAUUCCUGGAAUGAAGGGUGCUCCAGGGCAGGCUGGUAUGCCUGGACCUCCUGGCCACCAGGGGACAGCAGGUUUGCCGGGUAGCCCUGGCACCAAGGGUGGAGCUGGGCAAAAGGGUGAGCCUGGGCCCAGGGGCAUGGUGGGAAUGUCCGGUCCUCCAGGACCUCAGGGGGAGCCUGGUCCUCCUGGUGAGGCUGGAAUGGAGGGGGUACCAGGACCAAAGGGAGACAGGGGUGAGAGAGGGGCUGUUGGGCCCCAAGGAAUUAUUGGCGAAGCAGGUAUCAAAGGUGAGAGAGGGCCAAUGGGCAUUCCUGGGGCUCAGGGCAUUUCAGGAACCAAGGGCGAUAAGGGAUUCCAAGGAAAACCCGGGAUGAAGGGAGACUUUGGGGACCCAGGUGUGGAGGGUUUGGCUGGAGAGAAAGGAGAGAAGGGGUUGUCUGGUGAGCCGGGACCAAAAGGACAGCAAGGAGUGAGGGGUGAUCUGGGUUUCAAUGGGCUUGCGGGAGACCCAGGCAAACCAGGAGACCAGGGCCCUCCAGGACUUCCCGGGCCCCGGGGCCUCAAUGGAGAACGAGGGGUACCUGGCAUGCCUGGGAGACAAGGAAUUGCUGGCCGAGAUGCUUCAGAUCAGCAUAUUAUUGAGGUGGUGUUGAAAAUGCUGCAAGAGCGGUUGGCGGAAGUGGCGGUGAGCGCUAAGAGGGCGGCUCUGGGCGGAGCCGGUGUCAUGGGCCCGCCUGGCCCACCUGGACCACCAGGAGCACCAGGACCACAAGGGGCACAUGGGCUCACCGGGGCUCGAGGAAUUCCUGGCAUGAUGGGCGCCUCUGGACAGAUCGGCAACACUGGACUCAAAGGAAAGAGGGGUGCGAAGGGUGAUAGAGGGGAUCCUGGCCGCCCACACGCCGGCCAGCCCGGACCACCUGGAAUCCCAGGUCCACCGGGUAUCGAUGGGGUCGGCCGGGACGGGAAGCCAGGCGAGAGGGGACCACAGGGCAUCGCGGGUGAUGCGGGGCGUCCUGGUAAACCCGGUCCUGCCGGCCUGCCAGGGUUCUGUGAACUAGCCGCAUGCCUGGCUGCCUCAGCUUACACCUCCCCCAGGCUGCAGCAGGCUGGAACCAUCAAGGGGCCCUCCUUUUAAGGCUAGUGCUGUAGGGGUUCGUCAACCCCCAGGGAGAGAGUCAGUAAAAAGAGCAAGAGAGAGAGAGACUGGUGCACACUCCUUCCCUCUAAUGGUCACCACCUACGAGUGGGAGGGGAAGUCCACCGUAACUGACGUUAGACCCUGAAACCAAUGCCUAGUCUGGUGAAAGAGCACAGCAUUGUUUUAACCCUUCAGCAUGAACACCAUCUGCUUCUUGUGAGACUUUAAGAGCUGUGGUUGAUAGUUUGUGACGCCAGUCACUGUGAACCUGUCCCCUCCCCUUACUUCAGAAAGACAACAUCAUCAGUGACAUCAUUGAUGACAUCAUCAACACGAGCCCUAUGAGAACAGAAGAGACUAUGCUUCCAACUAUUGGUGCUUUUCAUUCAUAUUGUGGUGACUGUACAUUUUUAUUUUAGUUUUUGCCUUAAGGGUUAAAAUGAUUUUUAUAUCAGGAAAGUCAAACUUACCCCCACCUCGAGACAAAUCAUUUGCAUGUAUGACAGCAAUACGACCAAUAAAAUUUUAAGUAGGAAUCCCUAGUCCACACCUUGUAAGAUCUAUGGUUAAUUAUCCAAGAGGUAAUAGACAUAGCUCUUGGGAAAGACUUCUUUAUUUUAUGUUUUGUUUGUACAUUGCCACCCCUUUUUACAAUGUUUAAAUUUAUGAACAAAUGAACUCCUUUAAUGCGUCCUCUUGUUGCCAAGCAAACCCAUGUAUUCUGACAUUCUCAUUUCUCAUAAUUCAGUGCUGUAAAUCUUUGUAAAUGUGUGUUGAUUUUAUAUUAAAUGAGUUUUUAAGCUGAAAAAAAUGAACAGGAAACCCAUAGUGUUAAUGAACCUAAUCAGCUAUCAUUCUCUGAGCCCACAAUACAGAGCAGACUGCUUCACAACCAAUCAGAAAGCCAAGCAAAGCCAAACUAAAGAGGAAAACUGAUUUCUUUCAUUAACAGAAACUAUUUAUUGACCUUUUUUGGGUUCAACUGUAAAGACCUUAUUUUUCUGGUUGUUCAGUGCAGCCUAUUUCAAUAAAGAGGAUCGUUUUGUAAAAGUGAAUGUUCUUCUGUAUCAUCUGGGAAAUCUCAGUCAAAAAAAAAAAGAAUCAUUUCACUUUUUCCGCCCAUACACCGUUUCUUACAUCAUUCUCUCUGUGUAAUAAAAUUUCUUUGUGUACCCGUA